AUGACUAAAAUAUUUCCUGGGAAUAGAGCCUACGGACACUCCAAUGAUACAAACCACAAACUGGGUGAAUAUUCGGACCAAGUAACAACGGAUAAGGGAAGAUAUCAAAGAUUAGUUGGCAAGCUAAUUUAUCUCUUUCAUACUCGACCUGACAUUGUUUAUGCUGUAAGCAUAGUUAGUAAGUUUAUGCACUGCCCAAGCAAGGAUCAUAUGGAUGCUGUAAUUCGCAUAUUACUAUACUUGAAGGGUUCUGCUGGAAAGGGGAUCAUGUUUUCAAAAAACCAUCACUUGAGGAUUGAUGGCUAUACGGAUGCAAAUUGGGCAUUAAAUCUCUCAGAAAGAAAGUCUACUUCGGGUUAUUUCACAUUUGUUAGUGAAAAUCUAGUUACAUGGAGGAGUAAAAAAUAA